CUUUGCCAUUCAAACCGCAAUCGCACUGCCAAUUCCGCCGACGGUACACACCUUGCUUUUGCUUGCGCGGGCCCGCUAUUUACAGCAUCCCUGCUCUCUUUCCGAAAAAAUAAGCUUCGUUCAAGUGUCUGCGCUGCCGAUUUAUCAACCCGAGCUGCACUACAACCAAGGUCGCGACGCGACGACUUGCGCCAACACCGAACAAGCCGGUACACCCCGGCCUUAAUCUUCUGCUACCUCAUGAUCUAUGUCUAAAGCGACGUCCAAACAAAGUUUACUGGGCUUGGUGGAUUCGGACUCGGAUGACGACCUUGGAGCGAGCUUUGCCUCGGUUGAGAACCACGGAUCGGCUGCUUUGAAGAAGAUAACAGCAAAGAAAAUGCCUCCCAAGAAAGCCGCAGGCCGCCCGGCCGCCAGCAAGGUCACCAAGAAACCUGCAAAACCAACGACACGUCGCGUUAAUGACAGACUCACCGCCGCCGUGGAAGCCGCCGUCGAAAAUCCGGAUGCGCCGAUGACAACGAAGCCUGGUACCGACGCCCCAAAAAGGGGCCGCAAAGCCGCGGCAGCCAAUCCCGACGACGCUGUGAUACCUGUAUCACCGCCUAGCAGUGGGGCAGCAAAAGGAAGGGUUGCCCGAGGGCGACCAAAGGCUGCAGCGGCUGCGAAAAAGAACGCGAAGGACCAGGAUGCUCCAGAGGACGACCCCCAGACUACCACAUCUGCACCUGCGAAGAGGGGUAGGAAGCCGGCCGCCAAGCAGCAGACUGUCGACGCCGAAGAGACUCUAGAGAUUCCUGAAACACAGCAACCGCAGGAUGCCAUGGAUGUUGACGAGGACACGGGGGUGGAGCAGGAAGAGGUCACAGCUAUGGACGACCUGACCGCCAUAUCACCCGUUGGCUCACCGCCCGGUAGGGCCUUGCCAUUAAGCAUGUCAUCACCCGGCAAGGUUAGGAGUCGACCGACUACUACAGCAGAUGUCGAAGAGACCGACUCGUCAUUAAGACGGCGGCUGGGAGACCUUACCAAGAAGUACGACGCUUUAGAAACAAAGUAUCGUGAUUUGCGAGAAAUUGGGGUGAAAGAAGCCGAGCGCUCGUUUGACCGCUACAAGAAGCAGAGUGAAGACAGGGCCAAGACUGCCGCCGAUCUGAUUUCAAAACUCAAAGAUGAGCUUGCUGCACAAAAAGACCUCGCCAGGGAGGGCCAAAGGCACAAAAAGGAUCUUGAAGCGAAGGAUGCCGAGGCCACAUCCCUAGCGGGCCAAGUGCAAGUCAUGGAGAACGCUUUGGCAGAAGCCAGGAAAGAGAUCAAAACUCUAGCCACGAGGUUGUCGGCGUCUCGAACGGUUGAGGUACCACACACUCUGAAAGCUCCCCCGGGAAGCGCUCUCAAAAUUGGAGCUGGAGUGGGCUCUGCUGCAGCUCGAGCUGCUGCCAGCGCUGAAGCUCUCCAAGUUGCACAGGCUGCACAGAUGAAGGAGGAUCUGUAUGGUGAUCUCACUGGCCUGAUAAUUCGUGGUGUCAAGCGGAGCGAGGAUGAGGAUGUGUUUGACUGCAUACAAACUGGUCGGAACGGAACUUUGCAUUUCAAGUUGUCCAUCGGCAAUGACAUGUCUGCAGAAAACUACGAUGAGGUGCAGUUCAUGUACAUGCCACAACUCGACCCAAGUCGAGAUAGGGCACUCAUGGACAUGUUACCAGACUACUUGGUGGAGGAGAUCAGCUUUCCUAGGCCUCAUGCUGCAAAAUUUUAUUCCAGGGUCAUGCGGUCCUUAACGGAGCGUGUGGACCAGGGGGAAUAAAGUAAAUAUGUCGUCAGCAGGGGCCAUCCAGUUAUCGGCAUAGCACUGAGCUUGUGCAUAAAUGUUUGGUUUGUUUGAGACGACACGAUCUGGAUGAAGGGGUAUGAAUAACAUGCGUGGGAGUUUGGCGUCAGAUAUUUAGCUCUCGGGUUUCUGUGGAUUCCUUCGUCCGCGUAUAUACCAUUUUUCCUAUAUUGUUUAUCGCCCGAAUCUUAUCAUAUACCCAUCUGUUUAAUUGUAUUCAUUAUCACUAAAUUGAUUUUAAACUCGUUCCCA